AUGGUGUCCGAGUUGCUGGCCAUUCGCCUGCUGAAGGAGUUCAAUCUCCGUGAACUGAUCGAUGCGCUGAGUUAUGAUUUCAAUCCGCUCGAGGGACUGGACGCUCCCGAGGGAGGCGCGCAGUUGAGACAGUACAACAGGUCUGCGCGUAUCUCGACCGUCGAGAUCGCCAUCCGCGCUCAGGCCAAGCGCUUCCUGGCCCACCCGCUGGUCGUACAGCAGCUCGAGGCCAUCUGGGCAGGCAGCAUCGUCUUCCACUCGGCCGCUGACAACCUCCACCGCAAACCGCCCACACCACCUCCCACCAGAGGGCGAAGUGGUUAUGGCACAAUCGCGGGUAGUGCUGCUCCUCAGCCUAUCCCGACCAACAACUCGCAGCUUAGUUUCAGACGAAGCGUCACCCUCUACAACCCCAAGGAUGCCUCACUCUUCAAGCUGUCUCGCUUGAGAGUGCCACGCUAUAGACAGCUCUUCUCUACUCUCUCCUUCGCCAUCAUGCUAGGCUUGUUCUUGGCUGUCUUGGUCGAUCGUUCUACCGAAAUCACUCCUCUCGAGAUCAUCUUCUGGUUUUGGAGUGCUGGCUAUAUGCUCGACGAACUCGUAGGUUUCUCUGAGCAAGGCUUUGGUCUCUACAUUAUGAGUGUGUGGAACGCUUUUGACUUGGGUAUCUUGCUUUGCUUCUUCGCCUACUACGUACUCCGCCUCUAUGGUAUCUUGAUACCUGCUGCGCGCAAGCAUUAUACUGCCCACAUGGCUUACGAUGUCCUGGCGUCCACUGCUGUAUUGCUGUUCCCACGUGCAUUCAACGUCUUGGAUCAUUACAAGUACUUUUCGCAGCUGCUCAUUGCUUUCCGCCUGAUGGUUCAAGACAUGAUUGCCAUCCUUAACCAGANNUUUCAACUGACCAUGGGCUUUACCCCCGCUGCUUGGGACCUGUGGCCAAAAUAUAACCUCUUAGGAAAGGCUGUCUUGGUUGGCUUCCUCUUCCUCUGUCAUUUCCUCAUCGUGACGAUUCUUAUUACUGUCCUGACAAACUCGUUCAUGGCCAUCGUCCAAAACGCCAACGAGGAGCAUCAGUUCCUCUUCGCUGUCAACACUAUCUCCAUGGUCAAGUCAGACGCCUUGUUUUCAUACAUUCCGCCCACGAAUCUUUUUGGUUGGGUGGCAUCGCCGUUACGCUACCUCAUCCCAUUCCGAAAAUUCGUUAGGUUCAACAGGACCAUCAUCAAGAUUACCCAUCUUCCGAUGCUUUUUGCAAUCUUCACCUAUGAGCGCUUGUUCCUCGUACGCAACGCGUACACCNCCAUGGAUCUUGUCGAGCGCAAGGCACCUAGGAGGGGUCGCCUUCCGGCUUUCACAUUGAAGAACACUGGGCCUUUCAGCCCCAGCGCUCGUCUUCGUGAACCAUCCAUCGUGUCUUUCCACAAAGACCGGGCUUUAGAGGAGGUUUUCCGCCAACCAUUCGACAUGACAACACGGACCAUAUCUCAGCACUCGAACCCUGAUCAACGGAAAGCGACGGUCGUCGACAACUGGAUGCAAGACAUGGGUGACGAGGGAGGUGCGAGUCCUCCGAUGGAGCAGCCUCGCUCCGUUCUUGAGAGACUAGAAAACCGCAGACCAGGCAUACGACGCGCCCACACCUCAGCUAAUAGACUUACUACGGUCAAGCGCGACUUCUCCACAGCUUCUAGAUCUGUCUUGUCUGAUCCUGAAGAUCUUGCUUCUACAAUCUUCCCGAGACCUACACCAAUGCGUAUCGAGGAAGAGACAGACCUGGAGAUGGAGCGGGAAGACAUGCCUCAGGAAACCGAUGCAGAUGGUGAUGACGAGCUUCUGACUAACGAUGGUGAUAACAUCACGGCUACUGGCUACGACAAAACUCCCACAGGAACUCCAGAUCUCAUCGAGAGAAAAGAUCCAUCCCCGAACAAAGCUAUAGUAAAAGACUACUUUGAGGGUGCAGACUUUCAGACUGCAAGCUCUGUUCCAGACGCCACCAGGGCACGACUCAUGAGUGGAGAGCACAAACGUGCGCCCCAUCAACGCAACAUAUCGCACAGUACUAUGGUGUUCUCACCAAUCGUCGAGCAAGGAUACACAUCAUCUGCUUCUGAACAUGUACCUGAGCCAUCUCGCCCUACUACGUCCAAACAGAACAGCGGUGGUUCGACACCAUUACCUCAAUCAGCACCUCAGUCCAGCGGUCGCAAGACACCACGUACAAGCAAUCCUAGCAAACCACGUCCAAACCUGCCCAAUCGACUCUCACAAUAUACUGCUCCCAACAUACGCUUCGAUCGCUUCGGCGACUCAACACGUCGCACAAACAGACAACCGUCUUUUAACGCUCUUGCCCUUGACCUGGCGUCCGACUUUGGUGACCACCACCGUCGUGACUCGACUCCAGAGCCCUUAUCGCCAGGUUAUCAGCCUAGUAUUCCAGCGAGCUUCAGCGAGCAGAUGCUUCGUGAGCGCGAAGUGGCUUUGGAUAAAGAGCGACGCCGUCAGGAGCAAAGGCGUCGUAGUCAAGAGGAGGAGAAGGGUAUGGUGGGCAGAAUCAUGCUGACACGCAUGAACACUCUUGAGGAAGGUUUCAGAGAGAUCCUUCGCGAGGUGCGCGACCUGGCACAUACCUCACGAGGAACCAGUGAUGCGGGUCUGACGGGCAUGGUCAAUUCACGAUCGUCGCUGAUAGUGCCCACGUCCUCAGACGGCAACGCACUGUCUAGACCCAAGACUCCAGUUAGCAGAACAGGAGGUGCGAGCGAGAGAGCCAGGAGCCCUAAGAAGGGCAAAGGCAAGAACAAGAGCAAGGGUAAGAACUCUAUAAACAGCAGCAGCGAGGCUGAUCCGAUCAGUCCCUUGACUGUUCAGGAAGGCCUUGCUCAGGCCACAAGCCCAUCGACUGUCAAGGAACCCGAGACACCUGGUACGGUGAGGGCGUUAUCAACGCAUGCUGAAGAAGGAGGUGAUGAUGAUCAGAAUGAUACCGAGAAGGAGUAG